UCUGUGAACUCUAUGGGAACCAUAGAGUUCGUGAGAUUCACAUACGGCUCUAUGACCGCAUCCCUUCCCCAACGGCUGUCAUCGAAUCAAACUAAUUAACCUACAAAUCUGGGUCAAUAACUUGAAAUUUUAUUAUUUAUUUAACGAAAUUGGUGUUUACACCCAAGGAAAUAAACCAACAUUGACGAGUGAAUUGAACCUAAUUACUGAUUUGGAAACGUUUCAAGGGUGUUGGAGAUGCUGGAUGAAAAGCUCCUUCAGGAAAGGCUGAACCAGUUCAAGCCCGAGCCUCUGAUAGAGUACAAGCAUGAUCCAAAGAAAGUUUACGAGAUACCAGCCGUUAAAGAGAUUGAAGGAGUGGUCGAUUUGGCCAAAACCAAUUUCUUGGGGAUGUUAGAUAACGAGGAUAUAAAAAAAUCAGCCGAGGAAACCAUCAGGAAGUACGGGGUUGGCACAUGUGGCCCCAGAGCUUUUUACGGUACAACUGAGGUUCAUCUGGCUCUAGAAGAGAAAAUAGCGGAAUUCUUGGGCACUGAAGAAUGCAUAAUUUACUCCUAUGGAUUUGUAGCCAUUUCAAGUUCCAUAGCGGCAUACACCAACCGUAGGGACGUGGUAUUCGUGGAUAAAGAAGCAAACGAAGCCAUUCGUUAUGGUCUUGCGAGUUCAAAGAGCAAGGUGGUCUAUUUCGAGCACAAUGAUCCAGAGAGCUUGCUGAAAGAAGCAGAGAAAAUCGAGAAGGAGGAACAGAGGAAGGGAAAACCGUCCAGAAAGUUCCUGAUCGUCGAGGGGAUAUCCUGGAGGACUGGACGCCUCUGCGACCUGCCGACACUGGUGGAAAUAGGUGAGAUGUUCAAAAUGAGGAUCUUCUUGGACGAGACUUACACUCUGGGGGUGUUCGGGAAGAACGGCAGGGGUCUGACUGAGCACUUCGGGGUGGACAUAUCCAGGAUCGACAUGUCCUUUGGCACCAUCGAAGGCGCCCUGGGGUCCAUAGGGGGCUACUGCGCCGGCUCCCACGCCGUCAUCGAACACCAGAGACUCUCCGGUUCGGGCUACAUCUUUUCGGCUUCCCUACCCACCUACCUUGCGCAGAUAGCCAUCGAAUCCAUCGAUCUGAUGGGGAACAAGCCGAACAGGCUGAUCGAGCUGGCCGAGAAGGUUCAUAAGUUCCUGGUGAGGUGUAACUUCGAGGUGGUCAGCCAUCCCAAGUCCCCCUUCAAGGUUUUCACGGUGAAGGGGGAAAACAGGGUGGAAUCGGAGAGGGAGGUGUGCAGGCUGUGCGAGGAGCGUGGGGUGUAUCUGGUUCGAGGGGAGAAGGGACUGGUGGCCAAUCUGAACGUGGAGCUGUGCGGGAAGAUGAGGAAGGUCUACGAUGUGUUGGAGGAUGUCUCCAGGAGGUUCAGAUGAUUUUCGACGGGAUGUUGGGAAGUUUGAGAUGGUUUCGGGGCAUCUCGGGUGUUUAUAGUAUUAUUAUCGCUUAGUGAACACAUGGCUUGAGGCGUUUUUAGUGGAAUUGUGGGUUGUGUUGUGCUUUUUAUCCCUCGGAUUUGUAUUUUUCACUUUUAGCGUUGUUUCAGUAUUUUACUCACAUUUUAGCUUAACCACCGGAUAAUUCAGCACUAGUUUAGGAAUUUUUGUAAGAAUAAAGUACAUUUAGAAGUGCACUGACCUGAAUAUAUCCUUGAUCACAA